UCUACCAUGUCUGCUAAGUAGUUGAGCUGGUCAGCAAUUUCAGAUGUGACCAGUGUCAUGGAAUAUAAUGAAAGACUUGCUCGUUUUCGUCAGGGUCAUGUCAACCCAUUUGACAGGAGACAGAUCGACAGCACCACUGAGCGGAAGGAUCCUCCAAAACAUGAGGUGAGGUCGGAGAUCUUUUCCUCAGAAUCCAAAACUCAAAGUUCAGAACGAGCAGUGGAUCUGGGCUUGGCUGAAGACCAUUUCUCUCAACCUGUGGGUUCGGUUGUGGCAUCUGAUGUAGAGCAGCUGAAACAGGCCAUAGCGGAGUGCAAGAGACUGAUCCUGGAGCUGCCAGAACAUUCAGGGAAACAGAAGGACACGGUUAUCAAACUGAUCCACCUUCGGCUCAAACUACAGGAAUUAAAGGACCCAGAGGAAGAUGAGCCCAACCUGCAGGUUCUAUUGGAGCAUCGCUUCUCAAAGGAAAAGAGCAAGAGUGUCAAACAGAUGUGUGACAAGUGUAGCACCAUCAUAUGGGGUCUCAUUCAGACCUGGUACACCUGCACAGGUUGUUAUUACCGUUGCCAUAGCAAGUGCAUGAAUCUUAUCAACAAACCAUGUGUGAGGUCAAAGGUCAGCCAUCAGUCUGAGUAUGAACUCAGCAUCUGUCCUGAAGUCGGUUUAGACAAACAGGACUACAGAUGUGCUGAGUGUCGGACACCCAUCUCUUUAAGGGGUGUUCCUAAUGAGGCACGGCAGUGUGAUUAUACGGGCCAGUAUUACUGCAACAGCUGCCACUGGAAUGACACAGCCAUUAUUCCAGCUAGAGUCAUACACAACUGGGCGUUUGAGCCCCGUAAGGUGUGUCGUACAUCAAUGCGCUAUCUUGCUCUGAUGAUGUCCAGGCCUGUGCUCAAACUGAAGGAGAUCAAUCCUCUUCUCUUCAACUUUGUGGAGGAGCUAGUGGAGAUCAGAAAAUUACGUCAGGAUAUAUUGCUAAUGAAGCCAUAUUUCAUCACCUGUAAGGAAGCCAUGGAGGCCCGACUCCUGCUGCAUCUUCAAGAUCGCCAGCACUUUGUGGAGAAUGACGAAAUGUACAGCCUACAGGAUCUGAUUGACACCUCCAGAGGACGUCUCAGCUGUUCCCUCACUGAAAUUCACACAACUUUUGCCAAACAUAUUAAACUGGACUGUGAGAAAUGCCAGGCCAAAGGCUUCAUGUGUGAAUUGUGUAAAGAGGGUGACAUUCUCUUCCCAUUCGACAGCCACACCUCUGUCUGUCAUGACUGCUUCGCUGUUUUCCACAGGUUUGUUUUUGAACACAUCAGAUACAAUACCAAUUGCCACAUGCCAUAUGCAUUGCUAUGGGGCCUUGGAAGGGAUAGGUUUGGUUUGCUAAAUUUUGUUGUGACCACAUUAUAUUAA